UUGGUAGGUAACUACAACAUUUUUUUUCUUUUCGAAAUAGUGAAUAGAUUAUUCUUCGGAUUAUUCCUAACAUUGUUGAGAAUAUUUUUCACUGAUUAUUAUUUCUUUCUUCUCCUAGUUUACCUGUGAUAUGGAAUCUAUUAGGGAAGAAAAGUCGAUUGAUAAUAUUAAAAACGAGCUCCCAAACAAGAAAGAAGAAGCUACAGAUUUUGAAACAUUUAAGUCAUAUGAAGAGUUUAGAGCGGAACUAGGGAAGUAUGAGUAUGAACAUCGUUCAAAGUUUUCCAUCACAAGAUGCUCCAAAGGUUUCACAGAAAAAGGUAAUUUAUUUUGUAAAUACUUAUCAGUUAGCUGAAGUUCAAAAAGCUUACUUACUGGAAGAGGUCUUUCCUGGAACAAGUGUAUUCCUCUGUGAUUUCCCUCGUGAGCAAGCAUGGACACGAUGGACGUCGAAAGCAGACAACGGUGUGGCUGCGUACGCCGACGAUGUAAAAGUCCGUUUAAGACGCAUUGCUCACGCAUCCGAAAAAAAUGAACUAGAAACAGCUUCAUCGGACUUUAUGCGGUGGGAACGGUACACAGGAAAAUUGCGCAAUUGGUUUUCGAACACGUGGCGACCAGAGAUCAAAAGAUGGGCUGUUUACUACAGACCAAUUGACUUAAUGUUAACAAAUACUAACAACGGGACAGAUAGAUUGAAUCGAGAACUGAAAUCUGAACAGCUAAAUGAUUAUAGAAAGUGUUCUUUAAGCGAAAUGCUGACUGUCGUCAUUGAUGAUUUCUUGCCAGAUUUGUAUAACCGAUAUGUGGAAUUGAAAGUACGCUACUCGAAUAAACACAAAAAUAACGUUACUGGAUUGCCGGCUUAUUUAGAAAAUCGGCCAAAGAAUAUCGUCAACCACAUCUUGGCUCGUCAGGGGGCUGUGGAUCAUGAAAUGGUCGAAUCAGUACGUCAUGUAAGUAACAGCGUUUUUACAGUGCGAAGCUCUGUGCAAUAUACUGUCGAGAAGAAAACCUAUCGAGUAGAUUUCGGUGACGAAAACACAACAUGUAGCUGCACUUUUCCGGACUUCAAACGUAAUGGCAUGCUCUGCAAACAUUUCUGCAGUGUUAUAUCCAGUAACGCAAUCCAGUAACAUACUUUUUGAAAACAUCUUCUUUCAUGCUUGGUUGAAGAAAAGUUUUCGCCGUUUCCUCGCACAGAAAAAAGGUGCAAGACCAACAGAGCGUUGGUCAGUUACCAGGAUGUUUUUUGUGUUUGUCGUCGACCAUUUUUCACUAGAGACGCCGAAGCUGACAGCAAGAUGUUCAUGGCUGUUUGCAGUAAAUGCGAGGAAUGGUAUCACAGAAAGUGUGUGUCCAUUCCUUUAAAAGUAUUUAAAAAC